AUGCAUCAAACACCUGCUGGUGCUGAGAACCUCCCAGGGGCAGCUGAACUGGGCUCAGAGAAGCCCCCAUGCUGGAACAUGUUUGUGUUUCCUGGCAGGAGAGUGAACAUCACUGUGAUUCUGGGAGCCCACAACAUCAGGGCCCGAGAACGGAGCCAGCAGAGGAUCCCUGUUGAACACUGGGUCAUCCAUCCCAAAUAUUCCCCUGCUGGCUUCAAAAAUGACAUUGUAAUACUGAAGCUGAAGACAAAGGCCAAGAUCAAUAAGAAUGUGCAACCCAUCUCCAUACCCAGGAGCAACGAACAUGUGAGAGCAGGAACAAAAUGUGAGGUGGCUGGCUGGGGCUGGACGUCUGUGUUAGAGCACCCCAGUGAUGUGAUGAUGGAGGUGGAACAGGAGGUGCAAAAUGAGGAAACAUGUAAGCGGCUAUUCGGACGUAACUUCAAGCGUUGGUCCAUGAUCUGUGUUGGUGAUAAGAACAGCGCAAAGACACCUUACCGUGGUGAUUCUGGUGGCCCAUUAGUCUGCAAUCAGAAGGCUUAUGGCAUUGUUUCUUAUGGACAUAAAAUCUGCCUCUUCCCUACGGUAUUCACCAGAAUCUCGUAUUUUGACUCCUGGAUACGUCAGCAGCUGGGGAUGUUUGCACUCCAAGAGCUGCCUGGCUCUCCAUCCUCUGACUAA